GGCCAGGCAGCGGGAGAAGAUGAACGAUGACCACAAUAAGCGGCUGUCCGAGACAGUGGACAAACUGCUGAGCGAGUCCAACGAACGGCUACAGCUGCACCUCAAGGAGCGGAUGGGGGCGCUGGAGGAGAAGAACUCACUGAGUGAGGAGAUUGCCAACAUGAAGAAACUGCAGGAUGAGCUGCUGCUCAACAAAGAGCAGCUCCUGGCGGAGAUGGAGCGAAUGCAGAUGGAGAUUGACCAGCUGCGGGGGCGGCCUCCGUCCUCCUACUCCAGGUGACACCAGCGCUCUGCCCC